AUGGACUGGACUUCCGGUAAACGUCGCCAACAAAGCGAUGAACCCACUGAGACAGCGGUACCCAAUGAAUUUAUUUCCAGCAGUGAAUGGGGUGAUAUAUUAGAAGGUAAAGAGACGAUUCCAGGUGACAAAGGCAGUAACACUCCGGAAUCUGUUUCGAUUUUAGCGAAUAAGACGGCCCCAGAGAAUGAUGAUACGGCUGAUGCUCGACAACCAGCAUGCAUUCAUAAAGUUGCAGAAGAACAUCUAGACGUUGGGAAGGAGACCCGGGACAUUGCCAGACAGACUGAGCAUACCGCAAAGGAGCAGCUGCAAUUUCAUAAAGAUCUAGCCAGGGAUAAAUUGUCCCAAGAGGAGCGAAAAGAGAGACGAAAAUGCCAUCAGCUAUUCCGCCUUACAACCAGUAGCAGGGAUAUUACAUACGAGUGGUACAAGGACCGAGUGGAUGAAAGGGUUGAAGAUACGUGCCUUUGGUUCCUCAGACACAUAAAUUACCAAACAUGGUUGGAACAGGAUUUCGGCCCCCUCCUAGUCUCAGCGGACCCUGGUUGUGGAAAGUCGGUGCUGGCCAAGUACCUGAUCGACCACGGUCUACCACAAUCGUCGACCAUAUGCUACUUCUUCUUUAAAGACCAGGAUCAGAACACCAUCCGACAGGCCCUUUGCGCUCUACUUCACCAGCUCUUCGAACACAAGCCGUCUCUGGUCGAACAUGCCAUGACACAAUAUGAGAUUGUUGGGCAAGGUUUAAUUAAUUCUUCGGAAUCACUCUGGAAGGUUCUGGGAAACGCUGUUCAAGACACCCGAGCAGGGCCUAUAAUCAUGGUCCUCGAUGCCCUGGAUGAAUGUGCUGAACCAGAAUUUGCAGACCUGAUACAGAACAUUGCGAGCCAGUUACGCGCCAGCCAGCUAGGCAAUGGGAAGUUAAAGUAUCUUCUAACGAGCCGUCCGUAUGAACAGAUUGUGUCUCGGUUUCGUGGCCUAUUGCAAGCUUUCCCAAAUAUCCGUAUACAUGGAGAGAAAGAAUCCGAAACCAUAAGUCAGGAGGUGAAUAGAGUCAUUACACACCGGGUAAAUCUACUUUCGAAGAAGCAGCGUCUCUCACCAGAAAUCAAGAACCACCUGGAGAAAAGACUACAGGAGACACCUAACCGCACUUAUUUGUGGGUAUGCCUUGUGUUCGACUAUCUGGAAAAAGAAAACUUCAAAAAGACGAAAAAGGGGAUUGAGUCGACGGUUGCAAAGCUCCCAAGGACCAUCAAUGAAGCAUAUGAGAAAAUCCUUAACAAGUCCAAGAACGAUUGGAUGUCCAUUCGGGACCUUGAUCUUGAGGACGAGGAAGACUUCGAGCCGCGUCUCAGAGUUUAUCUUCUCCACAAAACAGCUCGCGAUUUUCUCCUCGCAGAUCUGGCAUCGCCUACAGCUGUUCCGUCGAAUCCCGGGGCAAGCUGGUAUUAUUCUAUUACUAGUAACCAAGCACAUGCCAUUCUUGCGGAACUCUGCGUUCUGUACUUGAAUCUUUUGAACUCCGACGCUAUCGUUUCGACAGAUGCGAAGGAGGAAGUCAGCCCAUCCAUCCAUAGCCGCUCCUUCUUGGAUUACUCGGCCAAAUUCUGGGGCGCUCACUUCCGCGAGGCUAAGAUCACUGAUGAUGCUGACAUUAUACCUAUCGCACUUAGAAUUUGUGAUCCAGACUCGAAGAGCUACUUGACUUGGUUCCGGAUUUUUUGGCAGACCGUACGUAUACGUGCUACCGAGAAUUUUACAGAUCUUAUGGUGGCAUCAUAUUUUGGUCAUGAAGCCAUCGUCAAGAUACUGCUGGAAAGGGGGGCUGAGGUCAAUUCCAAGGAUAGCGAAUAUGGUCGGACACCGCUGUUAUGGGCGAUUGUGAACGGUUAUGAGGCCAUCAUCAAGCUUCUGUUAGAUAAGGGCGCUGUGAUUGAUUUGAAGGAUGAUGCAUAUGGUCAGACACCGCUCUCGUGGGCUACUAAGUAUGGUCAUGAGACUAUUGUCAAGCUGCUACUGGACAAGGGCGCUGAGAUCGACUCAAAGAAUGAUGGGCAUAAUUGGACACCGCUCUUAUUGGCCGCGAAAGUUGGUGAUGAAGCUAUUAUUAAGCUGCUGUUAGACAGGGGCGCAGGAAUUGACUCAAAGGAUAGUGAAAAUGGUUGGACACCGCUCUUCUUUGCCGUUGAAAAUGGCGACAAAGCCAUUGUCAAGUUGCUGUUGGACAGAGGCGCCGAUGUUGAGGCUAAGGAUAAGGACUAUGGUUGGAUGCCGCUCUCAAUGGCUGUUGAAAACGGUGAUGAAGCCAUCGUCAAGCUGCUGCUGGAUAAGGGUGCUAAGUUCAACUUUGAGGAUGGCGCGUAUGUUCAGAUGCCACUCUCAUUGGCCGCCGAAAAUGGUAAUGAAGCUAUCGUCAAGUUGCUUCUGGAUAAGGGUGCUAGGGUAAACUCAAAAAAUAGGUAUGGCCAGACACCGCUCUCAAAGGCUACUAAGAAGAAUCAUAAAGUCAUUAUGAAGCUGCUACUGGACAAGGGCGCCGAGGUUGACGCAAAAGAUGUCGAGUAUGGUCACAUGCCUCCAUGA